UAAGAUUUAGUCAUAACCGGAUAUAAACAAAUGACAUUAUGUAGUGUAAAUUAAAACUUUUUAAACCUUUUGACAAUGGUUUGUGUAAAUGAGGACGUGAUUAAAUCGGUUAUGAAGGACGAAUACGGCAAAACGGUCGUAAAUAUAACACCUCUUGACGGAUAUAUAGAUGCAAACUUUAAAAUAGAUAUUGUAGAUGGGAUUUCGGAUGGACAUUCCGGAUAUGAAUCGGUGAUAUUGAAAAUAUCGUCGGGGAGUACCGAUUCAAUAAUUUUGCAGCACAGUAUUAUGACAUACCUCGAUGUAAACGGUAUAACUACAUGUACACCAGUGAAAACAACAUCUGGGAGCACUUAUUGUACAGAAAAUUUUCACGAAGAUACUAAUAAUGAUUCAGAAGAACAAGUAUGCACGGUCCUUUCUUAUUUACCUGGCAUCACAUUAAGGUCGGCAGGAAAUCCAAUAUAUUUGAUGGAAGACUUAGGGGGAUUUGCGGGUAGAGUUGAUAAACUCCUGCAGACAUUUGAACAAGAAGACAUUCAACCCUCUGAGACAAUAUGGGAACUUACAGGAACACCAAAAUUGAAACCGCUCAUUGAGAAAUACUGCGAUAACGACAUCAAGGAACUUGCUGAGAAUAUCAUCAAAGCAUUCGAGAACAAAAUCUUGCCGGUUAUUACCUCAUUUCAGAAAGGAUACAUUCACGGAGAUUUCAAUGACUGUAAUUUCAUCGUGUUGCAAACUUUAACAAAAGUUGAUAAAUAUACUAUUUCCGGUUUAAUUGAUUACGGAGACGCUUGUGUCAGCUUCUACGUGUACGAGAUCGCCACAUUAAUGGCGGACAUGAUGGCAGUGUGCCAAGGAAAGCAAAAUCCGUUUGAAGUUGGAAAACUUAUACUACGAGGAUAUAGAAAAGAAUUUGAAUUAAAUAGUGUUGAAUUGGAUAAUCUUAGAUUAAUUAUUUGUAUAAGAAUGAUACAGUAUUAUGUACUGGGUGCUGAGAUUUUAGAAAAGGAUCCGAGUAAUGAGUAUGCUGGACUUGAUAGGGACGAAUACAUCAGUUUGUGUAAAUAUUUGUGGGAUAUUGAUGACGAGCGAUUUAGACUAGAACUUGUCGAAAAUUUGAACUAAGAGAUAAAUAAUUGAUUAAACACACUGCACAAAUUAAACUUGGAUUUUUCUUUAUCUUGAACCAAUAAACAUGUAUUUUC